GAGAACCCGCUGGGAAGAAUUCCGCACUAAAUCUCUCUCCACCGAGCCCAAUCUCUUCCAGGUUGCUCUCCGGGCAAUACUACGGUGUUGUCAGGACGCUUAUGAUGACUAUGAAGCUCUCGGCCUCCGCCGUUGAUGGUGUAGGCCCCUGCAGGUUUCAUCGUCCUUCAAACGCCAUCCCGGGAACCCCUUCCAGUGCUUAGCUCACCUAGAGUGCCGUAUCCUCCUCCUCGACUAACGACAACACGGCAACGUCCCCCGAGCUUUGAGGCUCAGUAUGAUAAUUGAGGCGCCGAUACGUGACGAUGCCGGCGCCGUCCCAUUUGUAGACUCCCUAGCCUAUAGCAACAAAAAGGCGUCCCGGUUUUGCCAUUGGGGGAAGACGCUAUCGGACGGAACACGGUCUUAAUUGGUGCUAUUGAAGGCGCUUCGGUCGAGCCCCCCGUCGAUCACAUCAUCCCAACUACACCAACCGAGAUCGCAGGGCUUGUUCUGCCCGCCAUGUCGCGAAAAUCUUCGGACAGCGCUACGACCGAGAAGUUCCCCGACGUGCCCGACAUUAACCUCACGACUCCGUCCGUCCCCGACCUCCCUACCACGGCCAGCGACUCUGCUCCCCGGCCUGCCGCCACGCCUCCACGCGACGGGACCCGAGUGCACUACGACGUGAAUGUCGACACUUCAAUUACCAGUCCUCAGUCCGCGUCUCGCUACUCGCCCUUGUCCCCAACCCCCGUCCUUCGGCGACGCACGACCCGAUCGAAUACGUUCAAGACGAUCGAAGAGUUCGAGGACUAUGAGAGCCACCCGGGAUGGCGGCCGGGGGCUGAACCGGGCAUCGACCCAUCGCAGCCAGAUGGCGGGCAGGAUACGAUGCCCAGUCUCCAUACCGAGUGCCAGAUCACCGUCGUCGACUUCUCCCAAGAAGAUCUGCAGGUUUUGGACCUGACCAACGCCGAGCUCAUUGACUUUAUUAAAAGGCCGCAGCCUAGUUGGGUGAAGUGCCGCUGGAUUAACGUAAACGGCCUCUCGUGGGACGUUAUCCAAGCGUUGGGCCAGUAUAAGGACCUACACAGGCUGGCAAUUGAGGAUAUCAUGAACACACGGAACCGUACAAAAGCGGAUUGGUAUGCGAACCACACAUUUAUCAUCCUUACCUGCCAGAAGCUGGUCCGGUUAAUAGAGGACGACAGCAGCGAUGAUGAGAGCAGCAACGCGGGGAGCGUAAGAAGCCGUCAGAGCCACCGGCUUAGCAUGGCCAAGAAAUUGGGGAAGUGGUUGUCGCGGAAGAAGGUUGAACAUCCUACGGCUGCCUCUAUACUUGAGAGUGGCAGCAAACCACCGUUGACAUCCGGUCAUAGCUUCUCUCACGAGCCUACGAGCUAUUCCGAUGUAUUCAAUCCUAAUACCCUCUGCACGUUGCAGCGGUUUCAUGCCUCGCCCAACGCCACCCGCACCGAGUACAUGGAAAAACACUCGGCUCUGGCUCCCAGAGGCGUGGCAGUGAUGGCAGAACAGGUCGCCAUGUUCAUUACUUCGGAUAACACCGUCAUAGCAUUCUUCGAGCAGUCCGCCGAUGAUGUGGAGAAGCCCAUCCUCGCCCGCCUCGCGAGCCCAACCACCAUCCUAAGACAGUCCUGUGAUGCCUCGAUGGUUGCGCAGGCCAUCAUCGACGCCAUCAUCGACAUGGCCAUCCCCGUCACCGCGUGUUAUGCCGACGUAGUAGGCGACCUGGAGCUCGACGUCCUUACGCGCCCCAGCAUCAAACACACCAAAAACUUGUAUAUCAUCAUCUCGGAAAUCAACAAGUUGUUUAGUUUUGUCAAUCCGAUCCAGACGCUCAUCAGCUCCUUGCGGGACCACAAGACGACACUAGCACAAGAAGACUUGAGCAAGGAAUUGCAGAACCCCCUUGGGGGGGUCAUCAUCACGCCAAUGACAUACACAUACCUAGGCGACGUGUACGACCACUGUGUGCUCAUCAUAGAAAACCUAAACCAGAGCAAGGAAUCGGCAAAUCACAUGAUCGACCUUAUCUUCAAUAUAAUCGCGACAUACCAAAACGAGAGCAUGAAGCAGCUGACGGCCGUGACCAUUCUCUUCUUACCGCUGACUUUCUUGACCGGUUACUUUGGUCAGAAUUUUGAAGAUUUCCCGCCGUUAAAGGAGAACGUAUCAUAUUUCUGGUACCUCGCAGCUCCGGUCGCGGCAGCGACAUUCCUAAUUGUAAUGCGCGACAUGAUUUUCGAAUGGGUGGCGCGAUUCGUGCAGCGUAGGCAUAUCCUCGGCAUCAGAAAGAGGCGGAAGGAUAAGAUCGCGCGUUCGAAGGGGGACAAGAGGUUUCAGCAGCUGAGGUCCUCGUAGGAGCGGACGGCAUCGACCUGCGACCUGAUAGAAUGGGCGACUGCCUCAGUCGUCGCCCAUACUGCCCUACUCUUUGGAAUAGUUGGGGUGCCGCUGCAUUGUUCCUUAUUCUCACUUGGCUGUAUAUAUAGAGGCGGCGCCGUCCACAACUGCGCUGCGCAUGUGUACGAUGGAAAAUAGAGUCUCACAUAAUAGAAGCAACCACAACACAAUAUUAUGAGCACGGGCAUGAGGGCAUAAG